AUGGGUGACAAACUCAUCGACUUUGCUCCCGACCACGUCCUCUAUUUCCUCACCGUGAAUCCUACGAUAAUGUCUGCUGCAAGCCGAGAUUACAGUACCCCAGGCGUCGAGAUUAUCGACCAUCUGGACGCAGACAAGAUACAUGCAGAUCUUGUUCAGAGAAGCCUUCAAGAUGAAAGACUUUAUCCUCUUCUUCCCUUGCUUGGUGUAGACCCAUCGCAGAUUCCUGCCACUACGUCGUCAAAAGGGACCAACGUCGGCCAAGCCCAAGCAGAGCCUCAAGCCCCAGAAUAUGGAUCUUUCAAACUACCAGAUUCAUUGGUCAAAGAGUUUUCUCUCGAGGACUGGGAGGUCCAACAGGUCGUCGACGGCAAGUCGUUUAAGAAUUGGGUGGCGUUGGUCGACUACAAGCCCGCAUAUAUCCUCAUUGUCAGAAGCAUGCGUGGAAUUCAGGCAGUGAUUAGAUGGGCCGGGUUAAUUAACAAGAAAGUCCGCGUUGCGGGAUAUCGGCAUACCUGGAGUCCACUUUACUCGACUCCAGACGAUAUUAUUAUCACGUUUAUUCCACCUAUUUUGCGAGAGGAACUGCCUUACGACGAUCCACCAGCGGACUGGCACAGCGAGCUUCAAGGCAUAACAUUGCUUGAUACACUCAAUGGUAAUGCGCCGAAGGAAGGCCACGCAUUCGCUCGUAUCAUGGCCGGGACGACGAAUAAUCAGUUUCGACUUUGGUGCCACGAGCACGGGCAACUUGCCCUCCCAUUCAACACAGUCGUCCUGGCCGUGACAUUUGGAGGCACUAAUGCCACUAUAUGCCACGGAGCAGGUCUUUCCACUUCGACAUUAUCCGAUCUUGUCCUGGAGAUUGAGUAUGUUGAUGCUCGAGGGCAACUCCAGAAAGUCUUCGACCCCGAAGAACUUAAAGCCGCAAGUGGUUGUUUUGGUCUACUGGGCGUCGUCACGUCCAUCACGCUGCAGUUGGAGCCCAUGACCAUUUCGGAGAUGCGACCGACCCAAGUUCCGCUCGUUCUUGCCAUUCCACCACCCAGAGGGUUUCCCAUACCACAAAUCGUUCUUCAACAAAUGUCGGAAGCAAAUAUUACAUCCGAAGACGUUGAGAAGGCCAGGUUAGAGUGGAUAAGGCGCUGCGAAGAGGACCACUUUCACGAAUGGUUUUGGUUUCCCUACCAGAAGAAUGCUUGGGUCAAUACAUGGAGGCGUCGUUCACGCACACCGGAGGACUCAAGCCUGCCACAGUUUCCCAAGUUUGGCCUUGAGAAUUAUAACGACGCACAGGUACACAGCGCCUUUGCUGCAUCCAUUGCCGGCUGGAAAUGGCUUCCCCCAGCUUUGCAGACGUACUCCUUUGGACUAGCCUCGCUCGCUUCUCUUCCGAAUAUCCGUGAUGGACAGCCUUCGAUGACUUCGUACAUCAGUGAAGGACUACAUUUCAGAGGAGGAAGUCAAAACUUUCCAUUCUGGGGUAUGGAGUGGGAAUUGCCCAUCAGUCACGUUGAUGGAAAGAGAGAUUACGAGGCAAUCCAACGUGCCUGGUGGGAUGGGAUAUCAGCCAUCUACUCUCGUCCCGAGUGUCCCGUUCGAGCAGCGUUAGAGAUGCGCCUCACUGGUGGCUCGUCAGUCCUCCUAGCCCCUCAGCGCAGCAAUCAGUCGACCGCGUCCAUUGAGAUAUUUACACACCUUACUACACCACCAGAGGAGUGGCGCGGCAUACGUCAGCUGGUCGUGGAUCGCUGGACAUCGUAUACCGACCGAGAGGGCAAACGUCAGAAUGCAAGACCGCAUUGGGCGAAACAUUGGUUUGAUCUCAAUGUUGACGGAAAGCCGAUAGAAACAUAUAUCAAAGAAGACGCAUACCUUGAUGCGUUUAAAGAAUUCAGAGAGACAUUCUCAAAGAUUACCGAGCGCAGAGGUAGUACGGUGGAGGAAUCGAGGACGAGAUUUGAUAAUGAAUUGAUGGGCAGACUCGUCUUUGACUAG